GCCCCUUUUUGGUUUCCCCCCAGUCGUCGGGCUAAUCAGAGAGCGACUUGGCGUAUUCCGCCAUUUUGUAGGGGUAUAAGAAAAGUCAGCCAAGCUGUUGUCCCGCUGCUCUGACCUGUAGUUCUGUAUUGUGCAAUGGACGGCCGUUUAGAGACUGAUUUGUAUCCUCUGGGAUCCAGCUACACCACUGAACUUGACAGUGUCCACGAUAUUACGGUUGGUACAAAGAGAGGAUCUGACGAACUCUUUUCCUCUUGCGUCUCUAACGGACCCUAUAUCAUGAGCAAUUCGUCUGGAGCAGCUAAUGGCAACGACAGCAAAAAAUUCAAAGGUGACAUCCGCAGCCCUGGCAUUCCGUCACGCGUCAUACACGUGCGGAAGCUGCCCAAUGACAUCAACGAGGCUGAAGUGAUAUCCCUGGGGCUGCCGUUUGGCAAAGUAACCAACCUGCUCAUGCUCAAAGGGAAGAACCAGGCCUUCAUUGAAAUGAACACAGAAGAAGCGGCACAGACAAUGGUCACCUACUACUCCUCUGUCACACCAGUCAUCAGGAACCACCCCAUAUUCAUGCAGUACUCAAACCACAAGGAGCUCAAGACGGACAAUUCGCCCAAUCAAGUGAGGGCACAGGCUGCGCUCCAGGCGGUAAAUGCCGUCCAGACGGGGAACAUGACCAUGGCCAGUGUGGAUGCCUCUGCCAUGGGGAGCCCCAGCCCUGUCCUGCGCAUCAUCGUGGAGAAUCUCUUCUACCCGGUCACACUGGAUGUGUUGCAUCAGAUUUUUUCCAAAUUUGGGACGGUGUUGAAGAUAAUCACAUUUACCAAAAACAACCAGUUCCAAGCCCUGCUCCAAUAUUCAGAUGGCCUGCUUGCUCAACAUGCUAAAAUGUCUCUCGACGGGCAGAACAUAUACAAUGCCUGUUGCACCCUGCGCAUCAAUUUUUCGAAACUGACCAGCCUUAACGUGAAAUACAACAACGACAAGAGCCGGGACUACACGCGGCCCGACCUGCCCUCUGGAGACAGCCAGCCCUCCAUCGAGCACCAGGCCAUGGCCGCUGCCUUCGGUGCUCCAGGCAUAAUCUCUGCAAACCCCUACACAGGAGCUCAUGGCUUUCCUCCUGCCUUUGCUAUUCAGCAGGCGACAGGUCUAUCGGUGCCCGGUGUUCCCAGCGCCCUGGCCUCGCUGGCCAUCCCUGGGGCCGCAGCAGCAGCAGCUGCAGCUGCUGGUCGCCUCGGCUUCUCGGGUCUCACUGCUGGCCACUGUGUCCUACUUGUCAGCAACCUCAACCCUGAGAGAGUUACGCCCCAAUGCCUCUUUAUUCUUUUCGGUGUGUACGGUGAUGUCAUGAGAGUGAAGAUUCUGUUCAACAAGAAGGAGAACGCCCUUGUACAGAUGGCAGAUGGAACUCAGGCACAACUUGCUAUGAGCCACCUGAAUGGACAGAAGCUUCACGGGAAGGCAAUCCGUGUCACGCUAUCUAAGCACACGAAUGUGCAGCUUCCACGUGAAGGUCAGGAGGACCAAGGGCUCACAAAGGACUUCAGUAACUCACCACUUCAUCGCUUCAAGAAGCCAGGCUCCAAAAACUAUCAGAAUAUCUUCCCACCUUCUGCAACCCUGCACCUCUCCAACAUCCCGCCUUCAGUGACUGAAGAUGAUCUCAAGAUACUCUUCUCAAGUUCUGGUGCCUUGGUCAAAGCCUUCAAGUUCUUCCAGAAAGAUCGCAAAAUGGCCCUGAUCCAGAUGGGAUCUGUAGAGGAGGCCAUUCAGUCGCUAAUUGAGUUCCACAAUCAUGACCUUGGUGAGAAUCACCACCUGAGGGUGUCCUUCUCAAAGUCCACCAUCUGAAACGGGAGGAAUAAUCAAGAGGAGCCUGACAUACUGAUGGAUGAACAGUCACUUUUUAGGGUUCAAAUGUAUGACCUUGUGGGAGUCAGUCUCUCGAGCCCAGGGAUUCCUCACAAGACCCACUUCCAUCAUUCCUUUGAUAUUUAUAUGGAUCUGUAUCGAUACAAUGCCAAUUUGAAUCAUGGAGCAUAGAAGAAAAUGCAUACCAGAUUUUAUUUGAGCUUUUAAGCAUGUUUUAGUUUCCCUUUUUUAUAUUGAAAAAGCUCAUUUGGUCCCAUGUUUGUGCAUAUUGGUCUGAUCAAAGUAUAGAUCAGUAGGUUGUUUACACCAGCCAUCUCCUCCUAUAAUCUCCACACUCAACUCAGGUUGCACGUGAUGACAAGCUUUUUUUUUUUUUUCUUCCUUUUCGGCUGUCGGGGAAUCGUACCACUACUUUCUGCAUCCUGCCCCCUCCUGGUUCUGUGCCUUCAUAGUCCCUAUCUCAUGGCAUCUUCCCGUAGCUAAAUGUGCAGGCAUUGUGGAAUGUGCCAUUUUUCCUGUGCAAUUCUGAUCUACGCCCACUUUUUUGGGUGUAGGUCACAUCUGACAAUUUGACACAUGGCUAACCCUUAAAUCGAUACUGUUUAAUUGGAAACGAGAAUUUCGUGUCAUGCUCUGUGAUUACACUUUUGAAGAGAAUGGCAGCCAUUUUGAGGUAGCCAUUUUAAUUUGAAAUAGAGCAAUUUUUUUUUUUGUAAUUGUCUCCCUUACAGUCCCCCUCCUUUCUCUGGCACGCUUCCCCCCCCCCCCCGCCCCCUUAUUUCAGCCCUUCUGUACUGGGGUACAUCAGUCUUAUUCUUUAUUGUAUUUACUGUAUCUUAUAGAUGUAGGACAAAGUCAUUCCAUUUUAAAUUUAUGCAAUCAGUUUUGUACAAAUCCAAUAUUGAGUAUCAAUUAUCAUUCCUAUACUGUAGCUUGUAAUAGUUAGGUCAGUGGUUGCAUUAUUACAUUGCCUUUUGUUUAAAGUCUUGUGUUUCUUAAAGGUGUAGCUUAGAAGUCAGUUACAUUGGGUUUUUUCGUCUUUAAUGGCCUGUGAUAGUACUCAACCAGUUUCUGUAUCACUUAGUGGUACACUACAGCUCAAUACCAAAUAUAUCCUUUGCAAAUCGCUCUGUCAGCCAGUGGGCAUAAACCAUUUUCAGCUUGCCUUAAGAGCCCAGAAGCUCAGUCUUAAAAUUAAAGGCCACGUUAUAGGGAAUAAUGGCCCCCUCUUAGACAUUCCUAAAGAUUACAAUAAUUCAUUUUGAAGUUUCGGUUAAAGGGCAUUUGCAAAUGAUGGAUUGGAAACUUGCACAGGGCUAUAAUUUCAACACGCAUUGAAGGCCUCAGCUUCUGUGGCCUUCAGUUUCCAGUGGCUGACUCUUUUCCCCCAGUAGUUCAGGAUGAGGUUUUCUCUCUAGUCCUUUUUUAUAUAUGGGACAAGUGCCUCAUGUUAAUGUCUGGUGUACCUAUCCAAUCCUGGCUAACGCAGAGCAUUGCUCUCAUAUAUUCACUCUUUAUUUUUUAUUAUAGAUGCUUAUGUAUUGUAUGUUACAAUCUAAAUGCAGACGCCAGGUAUAGUGAAACGCCCCCAGACACCAAGUGGUGCAUACCACAGUGUAAAGCCUUAGUAAUCGCAUUCGGCUUGAAUGCCAUGGUCACUGUGACCCUUUCCAGAGUCUUAAUUUUCACAUUCCUUUUUUAUAAUUCAGUGGAUCAGUUAAUUUUUUUCUCUCCAUUGUAUUUACCCAACAAACUGCAAACGAGUCCCUUUUUAAUGCAGUGUUUCCCAACCCGGUCCUCAUACUGUGGACUGUCUGUGGGUCCCCGCAGAUCAGGGUUGGGGGAAACUGCUUUAACACGUGGAUCUGGUGCACAGCAAUAACUGAUAUUUCAGAAUAAUGACAUCCUUUCUUGGACCAAAGUGUUAUACCCCAUCAUCCCUCUGAUUUAAUCUGCAGUCUUAAUUUUUUUUCUUUAUUUGAAUUGCUUCUGGUUUACUUUUUCUACAUAUUGGGUAUCGGAUCUUUAGUUCAAGGCUUAGUGUUUGUAUAUACUGCUGUUAUACCACUUCAAGUCAACCUAUACAACCACUGCCUGGAUGUCGGACAGCUGGUUGGUUGCAAUGCUGGACUUGGAUUGUGUCCGUAAUGCUUUGGUUUAUCUGAAUGGCUAAGACAGCCUUUAAAUGGUGUUUUCAUCCUGUGACAUUUGUACAGAAAAUGCUGAAAUGUGGAUUAAGACUAGGAUUCGCUCUUGGCCAUUUUCUCAGUUGACACGUAGGCAUGACCAGAAAUGUUGACAUUGCAAACCUUAUGCAGAUUAGCACACAGCAUAUCACAGCCUGUUUAAAUGUAUUAUCCUAAGCUGCGAGUCCUUCCCCCUUCCUGGUGCCCCUUAAUUUUCCGUGAGGGGAAAGAAUGGGUUGUAACCAAGAAUGGGGGAGGGUGGCCUUUUCCUUUGUACCACAGAUUGGUUAGCAAUACAGGUUUUAUAUCUAUAAAACACAAAUGUAUAUUUUGAUUACAUCUAAGGUUUUUCAGACCACAAUGGAGCUGUUGAGUUUGUAUUACAAGAAAAAAAAAAUUAAAACAUAUUUUCUAACAAAAUGUGCAUUUCUCUGUAAUCUUGCCCAUCCAUCCAUUGUUUUGAAAUGACUCCUGGAUCUUGUGCCUUCAAUAAAUCUCUCAUUUAUUCCCGCUUUCA